AUGAGUACAUUUUCAUUUGUGAAUGGACGCGUUGACAACAAGAACUAGAUUAAAAUUUAAAUUGAGUAUAAACAGUUUAAUGCUAUAUUGUGACAUGAAGUUAGAAUAGGUCAUCUUAGCAGGAAGUUUGGUCAUAAUUAUUUAUUUUAAAUGCUUCUGUAAGUCACCGAAGUCCAGCAUGCAAACCGAGCAGUAACGGCGGCAGGCGGGGUCUUAAGUUAAUGUAAGAUAUAAGGAGUUAAUGUGCUCUGGUGCUGCUCUCCAUCUGCGUCACUCGGUUAUGUCACGGGAGGCGGGGGUACACUUUCACUGGGGGGGCUUUUAUUUUUCCCCUGCCAGGCAGAUGCUGGAAGUCAGCUGCCAAGCUCACGGGUGCAUUGCAAUAACGCUGAUGGGCAAAGUCACUGGGAUCCUGUCUUAAAAUCCAGCCUGGAUCGCACGUCGCGGAUAACCGGGCGGGAGAUCAAGGGGAAAACACGCAUGAUUUACCGUCAAAGUAUGGAGGGAUAAGAGGGCGUAAAUUGCACAUCUAAAAGUAAAACCUGUAGGAAUACGGAAUACUGAAUGACGCCGGGAAAUGGUGCGCGUACUGCCACGGCACUUGCAGUCUUCCCGUUUGGUCGACAUGUGGCGUCACUUUACGCCUGAGAAGGAUUUCAUCGCGAUCGAGGGACAAUCGCAAUACUUUUGAAACUGGCUCCAGCUAGGGUUUGUUAACACAGCCAACGGAAGGAAGAGGGACCCCUACAAAAACAAGAACGGAUUAAGUUUCUUUUUAACUGACAUUUCCUGUGCCGUAAAACACAUCAAAACGCUCCGAGUGAUUUCUUAAACUGUGCAUGCCAUUCAUAGAUUUAAAGUUCGCUAUCACUUUAUAUUUAUAAGUGCAUUAGAAAUGUGUUUUCUGGAAAGCGAAGGGGUGAAUACAUAAUCACGUUUAUAAUGAAUCUCCCACUAGGAAAUUGGUAAAGCUGGUUAUCGGUCAGCUUGACUGGUCGCCGACGGCCCCUCACCUGGCCGGUCUGACUGUAAGGUGCGGGCUGUAGGCGGCGCCACCCUCGCCACCUUGGCGCACACUUCCUCGGCCGCUCACGCUAGAUAAAUACAGGAAGAGAGUUAAGGCAGAGCGGUUUACCAGCUCAGUUCGGUGGAUCCGAUGAACCCUUCCGCAUGGCAGUGAAACUGAGGAUGAAGCUGAGCCGGCAGUUCACCGUCUUCGGCAGUGCCAUAUUCUGCGUGGUGGUUUUCUCCUUGUACCUAAUGCUGGAUCAUCUCCAAUUAGACCACAGCAAAAACCCCAGCAACAACGUGGGCAAACUUCAAAACGGCCAACUCUCCAUCCUGCAGGAGAAGAUCGAUCAUCUGGAGAGGCUGCUGGCAGAGAACAAUGAGAUCAUCUCCAACAUAAGGGACUCCAUCAUAAACCUCAGCAAGUCGGUGAAGGAUGGCAGGGGGGGAUUGGAAGCGGGCAACCAGAGCAGGGCCACCAUGCCAGGCGCAGUACUGACACCCCCGUUGGUACUCCCUGUCCAGCCGGAGGACUGCCAGUUUGCAGCUAGGUCCUAUUCCAAGUCUGCUGAGGGGGUGCAGAUGCUGGAAGUGUAUGACCUGCUGGCGUUUGACAACCCUGACGGCGGCGUGUGGAAGCAGGGCUUUGAUAUCACUUACGAGGGCCAUGAGUGGGACCAGGAGCCCCUGCAGGUGUUUGUCGUGCCACAUUCCCACAAUGACCCCGGCUGGCUGAAGACGUUUGAUGACUACUACAGGGACCAGACUCAGCACAUCCUCAACAACAUGGUGGUGAAGCUACAUGAGGACGUGCGGCGUAAGAUGCUGUGGUCCGAGAUCUCCUACUUCUCCAAGUGGUGGGAGAACAUCGACGUACAGAAGAGGGAUGCCGUCCGAAGUCUGAUAGAGCGUGGCCAGCUGGAGAUAGCCACUGGGGGCUGGGUCAUGCCCGAUGAGGCCAACGCGCAUUACUUCGGCAUAAUCGACCAGCUGCUGGAGGGUCACCAGUGGCUGGAGAAGAAUCUGGGGGUGAAGCCGCGAUCCGGCUGGGCGGUUGACCCCUUUGGUCACUCCCCCACCAUGGCCUACCUGCUGAAGCGGGCCGGCCUGUCCAACAUGCUCAUCCAGAGAGUGCACUACUCUGUGAAGAAGCACUUCGCCGCUCAGAAGACGUUGGAGUUCUUCUGGAGACAGAAUUGGGACCCCGACUCCAGCACAGACAUCCUUUGUCACAUGAUGCCCUUCUACAGCUACGACAUCCCCCACACCUGUGGCCCCGACCCCAAGAUCUGCUGCCAGUUUGAUUUCAAACGGCUGCCCGGGGGGCGGAUCAGCUGCCCCUGGCGGGUGCCCCCGCAGGCCAUCACGGAUGACAACGUGCAGGAGAGGGCUCUCAUGUUGCUGGAUCAGUAUCGAAAGAAAUCCCAGCUGUUCCGUACCAAGGUGGUCCUGGCCCCACUGGGAGACGACUUCCGAUACACGGAGGCUUCUGAGUGGGACCAGCAGUUUCAAAACUACCAGAAGCUCUUCGACUACAUGAACUCGCACCCGGAGCUGCACGUGCAGGCCCGGUUCGGCACCAUCUCCGAUUUCUUCGCUGCCUUGCGGGUCACUGCAGACGUAGACCCACUAACCAGCAGCUCACCACUGCUCCCGGUGGUGAGCGGGGACUUCUUCACCUACGCGGACCGAGACGACCACUACUGGAGCGGCUACUUCACCUCGCGACCCUUCUACAAGCGGCUAGACCGACUGCUGGAGUCGUACCUCAGGGCGGCAGAGAUCCUGUACUCUUUCGCCCUAUCAAGCCUUAAGAAGCACGACAGAUUAAACGAUUUCCCCUCUGUUGAAAAUUACAAAUUGCUGACAGAGGCCAGGCGGAACAUGGGACUCUUCCAGCACCACGAUGCCAUCGCAGGAACUGGGAAGGACUGGGUGGUCAUCGAUUAUGGGACGAGGCUGUUUCACUCCAUCCUGAAUCUGAAGCACAUAAUGGUGAACUCGGCCCAUUGGCUGGUGCUGAAGAACAAAGGGGAGUACAGCCAUCAGCCAUCCGUGCCAUUCCUUCAAAUGGAUGACAUUCAGCCGGCUCAAGACGCUUUGCCUCGCAAGACUGUCCUGAAGCUGAGUGACAUCUCAAGGGUCUUGGUCGUCUACAACCCCACAGAGCAGGAACGCUUGACCGUGGUCACCGUUUACGUGAACACCCCACAGGUGCGAGUCCAGACGGCCGCUGGGCACGCAGUCACUGCUCAGGUCAGCGCAGUGUGGGAGGAACCCACCCAGGCCUCCAGCGAGGCCUACCAGCUCUCCUUCGUGGCCCACACAUCUCCAUUGGGCCUGUCGCUGUACCACCUCAGUGAAGCACCUGAGGUCAGGACUGCGCCAGCCAGCUACACCUUCUACCAGCAGGGUGGCGACAUGUCUGUGGCAGGCACUGGGCAGUUCAGGGUCAAUGUGCUGCCGGGAGACUCCACAACGUUCACAAUCGAGAACUCCUUCCUGAAGAUUUGGUGCUCCUCAAUGUCGGGUUUGAUGGAGAGGCUGCAGUCCAAGGAAGGUGGUGUCAAACAGGAGGUGAGACUGGCCUUUGUGUGGUAUGGAACCACCAGCAACAGGGAUAAGAGCGGAGCCUACCUGUUUCUGCCCGAUGGUGAGGCCAAGGAAUACUCUCCCAAGCGCCCUCCUGUGAUAAGGGUGACCAGAGGAGCCAUCUUCUCUGAAGUGACGACCGUGUUCGAACAUGUGACUCACAGUCUCCGCCUCAAUAACAUACAAGGUGUGGAAGGCCAGUCUGUGGAGAUCUCCAACACGGUGGACAUACGCGGAGAGUUUAACCGUGAAAUCGCGAUGAGGAUAACAUCAGACCUGAACAGCAGUGAUCGAUUCUUUACAGACCUUAAUGGUUACCAGAUCCAGCCGAGAAGGAUGAUGGCAAAACUCCCACUACAGGCAAACUUCUACCCCAUGACCACCACAAGCUACAUUCAGGAUGAGCAUCUCCGGCUCACCCUCCUCACGGCCCAGUCUCUGGGGGUAGCAAGCUUAAAAAAUGGUCAGCUGGAGGUCAUCAUGGACCGGCGCCUCAUGCAGGAUGACAAUCGUGGCCUGGGCCAAGGUGUCCAGGACAACAAGAUCACGGCGAACACCUUCCGGCUGCUACUGGAGAGGAGGAGCUCAUCCGAUGCGAGGGAACAAGUCCGUCCAUCCAGCUUCCCGUCUCUGCUGAGCCACAUCUCCUCGAUGUUCCUGAACCACCCCGUCAUCCCCAUGGCUGUCGGGCUGUCUUACGGCCACCUGCACACUGCCCCCUACAGGCCACUCAGGUCAUCGCUGCCCUGCGACAUCCACCUGGUGAAUCUGCGCACUAUCCAGGCUGGGGAGGGACCUGGCCCGUCGGAGGAGGCAGCUUUGAUUCUGCACAGAAGAGGGUUUGACUGCACGUUCGCCAGCAGGAACACGGGGCUGCUGUGUGCGACCACGUGGGGAAAGGUGAGGCGGGCCUUUCUGCCGCAGAUAAUAUGGGAAAAGAUCAACGUCAUUGAUUCCAGAGGGAGAGUCCCACGGAUACAGGAGCACACAUGGGCGUAAGACGUGGAGUAAACAAAUUCAAAACUACACAGUACACUAAUAGAAUAUCCUGAAAAACAAAAUAUCGCGGAAAGAAAUUAAUCAGUUGAUUAAUUGAUUGAAAUAACAAUAUAAUUAUUAAGUGGAUAGCACCGGACUUUUCCUAGAUUGUUUAAGUAUUAUAUGAACUGAUGAACAGCCUCUCAUG